AUGGACCUGCACCUGCCGCUGACCCUGCCGCUAUCGUUCGGGGGGAACCCAGACACGCAGAUUCCGAGCCAGCGCCCAGCAAAGGCAGAGCAACCACACAACGUUGACACGGCACCAACCCCCGUCCGCCGAUGCCCACCAGAAACAGCAACGGCUAAUACUGCUGCUCGCGGCGACCCGAGCUUAAUAAUUAGUCUGAGCCAGGAAGAGAGAGGAGAGCAGCAAGGAGGGAGACGAGGGCGAGAGAGAGCGCGAGAGACACAGACUGGGGGCGCCCGCGCCCGCACCCGCAACGCACCGCACCGCAAAAUGCAGCAACACCGCAGGACAUCUGCAUCGCAUCAGCACCCUGGUCCCGGCUGA